CAAUUGCGUCCUCCGCGAAACCAGCGUCAUUUUCGUAAAUUCUCUACUUAGUUUCGUUUUUUCGUAAUUCGAUGCCGUAUUCCUCAAAAUAAGAUACGUAAUAUCCUAAAGCCAAUUUCGUUCAAAUGUGCCAUGUUACGUUGAUUACGCAGUUAUCUUCAUAAUGGCGACCGUGCUGGAGAAGCGCCUAUGCUUGUGAAAAUGAAGCGAAUAAGUUAUUUAUUUUAAUAAAACGCCGGGGUUACCCAUAGGAGGACGUUGCAUCGAAGACAGCGGCUUUCCCAGUGUUUGAAUUACAGUUUUGGUCCAUUGGUAGCCCGAAAUGAUGAAGUUAAAGUCAAAUCAAACCCGGACAUACGAUGGGGAUGGCUACAAGAAGCGGGCCGCCUGUCUGUGCUUUAGGAGUGAAAGUGAAGAGGAGGUGAGGACGAGGAUGCAGGGCUAUAGGGUACUGUUGGUGAGUAGUAGUCGGCAUCCAGACAAGUGGAUCGUCCCUGGUGGAGGGAUGGAGCCAGAAGAGGAGCCCAAUGUAGCUGCAGCACGAGAAGUCUGUGAAGAGGCAGGUGUGAAGGGGACUUUAGGUCGCCUAGUUGGAAUUUUUGAGAACCGAGAGAGGAAGCACAGAACCUACGUCUACAUUCUUAUCGUAACGGAGGUCUUGCAAGAUUGGGAGGACUCUGUCAACAUUGGGAGAAAAAGGGAUUGGUUUAAAAUAGACGAUGCCAUACAAGUGUUGCAGUGUCACAAGCCUGUGCAGGCCACCUACUUCGAGCCUCUCAAGGAAGGUUGCCUGACCAGCAACGGGACGCCCCUGGUGGCCACGAUAGGCGGAGAACUCUCGCCCACCUACAACAUCAACCAGAGCUCUGUGUCGGGUAUCAGAUAACUAAAACACAACGCUGACACAAUCCCCAGGAGCUCUCGCCACCACUCUCUCUCUCUUACUUCUAUUAUUUUUUAUCUCAAAUACCAACAUGGGUUGCCUUGCCAACUCUUUUGUGCCAGAGUUGUGGCGCAGACUUGACAGGUGUUGGCUGAAGAUUCUGAAACACUUUGUAAAUGUAAUUUUUGACCCUUUUUUGUUAUUAUUGUAUUGAAAAUUGCAUGAAGCAUCCCUCACUCCCACAUUCUACUACCUUAACGCGCCCUUAGCGUGGUGUUUAUUGAAUGCAAGAACUACUUUUUACUGUUGUGAUGUAAAAGUGUAUACUUAGUGCUUAAGCUCAAGGCUUUCAAUGGUAUUUUAUGUCUUUUGGUUAUUUUCUGUGAAUGAAUGUGGCGAAUAGUGUUUUCCCUCUUAAGUAUAGGAAAUUCCAGCCGACCGUUGUUUUUUUUGGGUCCGAUUCAGAUUUCUUUUGGGGGGGGGGGUAAAAUGUGCCGAUAUACAGUUUUUUUACAGCCGGGAUGUGAGUCUCGUUUUUUCACCACACUGAAUUCUCAUAAAUUACCAUCCCAAGAGAGCAGUUGUCCGAUAACUAUGCUUCAAAUGUUUUCAUACAUUGUGAUAAUGACCCAUCAUGAGAAUGGCGGCAAGUGUUCAGAUCAGCAUGAGAUUCCCAUUUUUCAUCUUAUUUAUUGAAUAUCGGUGGAACUUUCUUCCGAUAGUGGUAAAAGGCCAAUAUCUGCCGAUAAUAUCGGUGAACCGAUAUAUCGGUCGGGCUCAAUAGAAAAUCUGAAUGGACAGAUUGUGGGACGUUACUUGUUUUGCAUGAGCACUGGUAUGUUUUGUCUUACACAUUGGGGUGACCUGACACUGAUUGUGCAGCAGGGUAGUCUUCUGUGGUAACCGAGGUCUUUGAAUUAUUUUCAUUUAGCUCGAUUGUGGUUAUUGGUGUUAAUAUUUUGCAGGUUUCAUCAGAAAGACUAGGCCCUUUUCCACAUGGAUUUAUGACCCGAUUGUCAAGUGUACAUUUUCCCUUAGUCUGGAAGCUAGCCAGUCAUUUCAAUAUUACAUUUUGGGCAAGAAAUAUAUACUAUAGAAAGGUCUACUCAACUAAAGAUGUAGAACAAAGUCUCCUAUAGAGAAUGUAUUUCUCCAGUGUCUAUAUCUAUUUUAAUGUUCCCCUAGUCUGUUGAUAGUGGUUCACUAGACACUGAAACAGUUGGCAGAUCCCCUACCGACCGAAAUGUAUCCGUUUUUAUCAUUUGGAAUUGCAUGAUGUGAACAACUGCAGUCUUCCUCCAUGUAUUUUCCAGAGGGUGAAAGGACUACUGACUGCAGUGCCAUCCAUGGACUGACUUACCUUCACAUAACUCUUAAUCACAUUUUCAGAUUCUCCCGACUCACCUCAGUUUAUAGCAGAUGUUUACAUUGUUCAUAGCAUUUAUUUAUCACACCAGACAGCUAGAUGGGUAUUUUAGAUGACUUUUCAGUAAGGUAUUUUUUAGUAUAGAAUCUGCAUCCCUGAACAAACACAUGAUACCUACCUGCUUGACAUUCAAAGUCAUGGAAUCUAAAAUGCUGUCUUGGCAAGAUCCAGAACAAACAAGCCUUGUACAGUUGGAUACCUUGUUUUUAACAUGUAAAAAUGCUUUUGGAUAGUUUUUUGCUCUCUCUUAAACGUCUGGCAAAAGUCUCUCUAGCCAACCUGCGAUACUUGCCUUGGAUGUGGGGCAUGGAGCAGCUGGCUUAAUACUGUGAAACUGGAGGCGCUGUAGAUGGCAUGUAAAGCUGUUGUAUUGUAAAUAGUUUAUUUCUGUAUAGAACAAAGGUGAGUGUACAAAUGACAAAAACAGUUUCUCUGACGCAUUUGUGAGUGCUAUAUGUUGCUCAAAACAUGGCUGUAGAGUUGACUCGAUCCCCAAACAGGCGUUGAUGUUGGUUUUGGAGGUUUUGUUGACGAGUUGCUUUGAUACACAAGGGCUGGGGUUGAAAAUAACUCAAAUGAUAUAAGCAGCUGAGAUGCCGCCUCAAUGUUCUAUGAAGACCAUGUGCAACUGAGGCCGAGGUAAUGAAGUGAAGUUAAUCACAGUUGAACGGUUAACAUACAAAGGACUCAAUCCCAUCGGCUUUAGCCGACAUCUUCAUAGCGGUUCUUUUGGUGGUGUGGAACUGCAUUAGAGCUGUCAAAUCCACUGGCAGCUCCUGGCAUUUUACCUAAAGCGGACACUGCCAUUGGCUGCACAGUCACAUUAAGAGAAACCCCAUGUAGCCUUGUUUACAAGUUGGAACACUGGAAUGUGAGAGAUAAUUUACGCCUCGAUUAGGCUGAUAGAAAUCCUUAUUUUGUUUUCUGAUUUUCAAUUUGAGCAUUAUUUCUAAAUAGUGUAGGCUCUUGUUCUAAGCUUCUAACGCAAGUUGGACGGGUGUGGCAUUGUGACUGAUAAAGAGCAGCUGCACACUGAUUUGACGGCUCCAACGCAGUUGCACCUAUGCAGGUGUCGGCUAUUGCCGGGUAACUCUUAAUCUAAUUUAGGCCGAAAUGUAAAUUUUCCGCUGAGCACUGUUCCAAACCACUAGUCUACCAUACAGCACUGCGUCGUUACGACAUUAUCCUAGUCUCUGACAACCAACGCUUAUACUUACAUGCCACUACAUCUCCCCCGUCAUCUCUUUUUUCCCCAUAAUUGUUUCAGUAGUUUAUUAUUCGCUCUCCAAACGGAGCGUUAUCUAUGUUCUCCCCAAUCCCAGACUGAAUGAUGUAGGCCUAUUCUCGAAUUGGCAAUGGAUGUGAAAUAUCUUUAAGGGUGUAACUAAAUUGAGUGGAUGACAUAUCAAUAGGAAUGCUACAGGAAUCCCUCUCACAAAGGCCUGGGACUUUGAACCCAGAUUUAUUGCUUUUUAAAUGAGCUGCAUCGAAAUGUGUGGGGGGGCAAAGUCUUGGAACUGUCUAGUGAAGACCGGAUCCUUUCCAAUAUCACCGGUCGAACCCACAGAGCAGAAUACAUUUAGGCCUGUAUUUCAAUUCUGUGGUCAGCCUCCCUCAAAUUCCACCAUUUUCUUUCAAUAAUCGAACAAUUAGCUUAGAGCUGUAAAAUCUGUGACAAAGGGGUUCUACUAAAAAUCGGUACGAGGGCAGGCAAGCGCUGUAAAAAAAAAAAGAUAUUCGUGUAACAGCCAAUGAAUGACUACUUGUUCUUUAACCGUUGUCAAUUUUAAUGUGUUCCUGACAAGAUGUGUUGUACAUGCAUACUAGCUAAAGCAGGACGUCUUAUAGCUAGAGGCUCUCCGACACACUUCAGGCUUUAGUCAAGUGUAUAGUUUCCCCUUUCCAUAUCACAAUUAACUUAUUUUAAUGCAAUGGGCAAUGAAAGUUGAAGUAGACAGGGAUUUAUACAAGCAUUUAUCUUCCUAAGGGAUGACUUUACACGGCACUGCUGUCAAAGCAUGAAAAGUGAAAGCCUGGAGGAUGAAUUAAAGUAGGAAGGAUGCAUUUCUAAAAGGCUCAAAAGCAACCUCUGCCCCAAUAGGCCAUGGUCCUUCAACAAAUGACAUAUUGGAAAUCACAUGACCACUGGGAAACGAUUAACACCAGCUAGUGGCCAGGCAGUAUUCUGCAACAACCCACGUGAAAAUGUUAUGCCUCAAUGUUCAGUUGAGAAUUCUGCAGUGUUACAAUGAUAACUUCAUGACAUAGCAUUUCAUUGGGAUAGUGGUUAACAGCUUGAUCCUUUUUCAAUUGGACCGUCCAGCAAUUCGGGUGAUAAUCCCGCUAUGUACAAAUUGAUUAGGCAAAAAUUGUAAUCCGAUGUGAUUCAGUGUAAAAAGCUAUUUGGACUGCCUAAUAUCUUUCCAUUUCCCUCAACAUGACCUCAGCCUUUUAGUUUCCCUACAUAUGUAGUAAAGGUGUACUUCUCUGGAAUUUGAUUUUUCAUCAUUUGGGACUGUGGAAUAAUUCAGUGGGCUGAAGAUUGUAAUAAAAAUGUGCCAACAAAUAAAAACACCAGUAUUUCA